AUGAUGUAUGUGGAGGCCAUUCGAGAAUUCAAUAAGAUUCUCUUAUAUAUUUACAAGACUAAGCAAUAUCACCAGAAGUCUUCACAGUAUGAGCAGAUACUAAAAAAGAAUGAGCAGAUGUAUGCCUUGCUGGCAAUAUGUCUCUCUCUUUGCCCCCAGGUGAAGCUUGUCGAGGAGACUGUGAAUUCUCAACUGCGUGAGAAAUAUGGAGAGAAAAUGUUGAGAAUGCAGAGAUAUGAUGAUGAGGCGUUUGGCCUCUAUGACGAGCUUUUCUCAUAUGCAUGUCCCAAGUUCAUUACUCCUUCUGCUCCAAGUUAUGAGGAGCCUCUUGUAAACUACAACCAGGAUGCCUAUAGACUUCAAUUGAAGCUAUUCCUUUAUGAAGUGAAGCAGCAACAAUUAUUAUCAGGUGUUCGUACCUUCUUGAAAGUGUAUUCGGCCAUCUCCCUUGGGAAGCUUUCAACAUACAUGGAGGUGGAUGAGUCCACUUUGAGGACGAUCUUGAUGACAUAUAAGCACAAAACGCAUGCUGUUGAUUCUGAUGAAAAAAUCAUCUCCAAUGCUGAUCUUGAUUUCUACAUUGAUGAUGACUUUAUUCAUGUUGGUGAAUCCAAACCAACCAAGCGGUAUGGGGAUUACUUUUUGCGUCAGAUUGUUAAGCUUGAAGGGGUGAUGAAUGAUAUGGACAGGAUAAAGCUGGAAUGA